AUGUUUCUUUUCUUCCUUAUUUUCCUCUCCUUACCUAUUUCUGGGCACACGUAUAGUAACAACAACACUCUCGAUCCUGUUUGCCAAAAAGAAUUCAUAAUAUUUGAAAUGUGUAUUAAGGAACAAUCUCUAUUACCUUCAACAACAAAUAGCUCGGAUAACGGUUCAGAUUUCGGCGAAUCUUACAGAAGAGAGCUUCAACAAGAGAUUGAUUGUGGCAAACCAAUGAACUGCUACUAUAUGCAGCUUUACAUGACUCAAUUAAACCAGGCCCAGCUUUACAUGAAUUACUAUAUUGAGCAUUUAGAGUCGUGCGUGACACCAAAAACGAACGAAGAUGAGACAAAAGAAGAAUGUGAGUCUUUAAAAAAUACAGCAAUUGAUACAUAUUUUAAGAUUUUGAUCGUUUUGCAAUUGAUGAAAAAUGUGCCAUAA